AUGUCCGUUGCCCAGCGGCAAGCAGUCUCGGAGGCCGAUGGCUGGGACGCGGAGGAGAGGCGGGCGUGGGGCGACGGCGCGGAAGGCGCCCGGACGACCGCCAAGGCCACCGGCGGCAUAUCCCUGGGGCCGGCGGCGGCGGUGUCCGAGGCGAUCGCCGCGGUCAGCGCGCUGGAGGGGCCCAAGGUGCUGUACUGCGAGACGUGCAAGGCGUCUUUCCACGGCAAUGACAAAUACCAGCAGCACCUGGCUGGUCCAGUCCACCGAAAGGCGGUUGCAAGGAUGGAGGCCAACAAGCAGAAAGCAGCAAGGCUGGCAAGGCAUGGCGCAGCAGCAGAGGCUGCCCUGGGAGCGGCCGCCUGGCACUCUGCCCAAGGGGAAGCCCUCCAGAACGCGCCCACUGCCAGCUCUGCUGUAGAACCUGCCGAGGCCCUGCCAAAGCAUCCUGAGCCCAGGCAGUGGGAGCCAAGGCACCCAUUGCCAAGGCAUGGAGAGGCCAAGCAGGGGGCUCAGCACAGCAGGGGUCGUGGAGCCAAGGGAAGGGGUGCAGCAGUCCAGGGGACCGACAACGCCACCAGUGCCACCAACAGUGGGCCCCGUCAUGAGGACUUGGUUGCGCAGGCUAGGGCAGGGAAGGAGCCCCUCAGCAUCGGUGGUGGGUCGAUGCGAACUGGAAAACAGCAAUGUGUGGCUUCAAGACACUUGGUCUCUUUUUGCUAA